UCUUUCCGGAACGCCGCGGGGUCGAACGGCAUCCGUAGGGUUCGAUUGGCUUUGGCAUUUUGGUAAGCACCUUCGCGUCGCUUGUGGAACGAUAGAGAGCCGGAUUUGGGGAAAAAUGCAACACUUAUGGAAUUCCAUAACGAAGCAUGUCCGUUUGAGCUGCUCAACAGGGCUAAGUGAGUUCGGAGCAGCCGGAAGACUGCUCAAUUCACCAUGCCAGCGAUUCUGCGUGUCAUCAAGCGACACCAGCAUGGAAGAUCUCACUGCUAGAGUGCUUGAGUUGGUUAAGAAGUUUGACAAGUUGGAUGCAAGCAAGGUAACCGAGAAGGCUGAUUUCCAAAAGGACCUUUGUUUAGACAGCUUAGACAGGGUGGAACUUGUGAUGGCUAUUGAGCAAGAAUUUUCCGUUGAAAUUCCUGAUCAGAAGGCAGAUAAACUCUCUUGUUGUGCUGAUGUUGUGAAAUAUAUUUCCGAAGCUCAGUCAGAGAAGAAAGAAAGCACCUGAGAGAGUUAUAAUUAUCUGAAUCGUUUGGGCAAAACCUUUUGGAGCUUGCAUGGUGUAUAUCUGGGUUCAUCUUCUUUAAUUCUCUUGCUACAAUCCAGAUCUGCAGCCACUUGAUAUAAAAUGGAGUGUGGGCAUCAUGAAUUUGUUGACUGUAAGCAUGAACAUACUUCUCUUGAAUGAUUUUUCAUUUGAUGAUGUCUUUGUAUCCUCUGACUAUAAACUUUGAUGAAACUGCUCAAGUUGUCAAGCCAA